CCGAUUGACCCAGCCCCUGAUCAAUUUCUGCGUGAUUGUGUACAUGGAUGAUAUUUUGGUCUUUUCAAAAACACACGAGUACCACGUGGAACACAUUGAGUGGGUUUUGCAUGCACUAAAAGAUGCAGGGUUCAAAGUGGCCUUGGAGAAAAGCAAGUUCUUCUUGUCGGAGAUCUCAUUCUUGGGGUAUAUCGUCAUGGUCGACGGACUAAAACCGGAUCCGAGGAAGGUGGCAGCAGUUCAAGACGCCCCGGCGCCGGUCACACUCACCCAGGUUCGGGCUUUUCUAGGGCCGGCAUCCUAUUACCGACGCUUCAUCAAGGGAUUUGUCGGCAUAGCGAAGCCCCUCACGAACCUGCUGAAGAAAGAGGAACAGUUGAUCUGGACGCCGGAAUGCGAAGCGGCGUUUCAGGCGUUGAAGGAGGCUCUGACAUCUGCUCCUGUGUUGGCGCGCCCCGACCCGACAAGACCAUUCGCACUGUACAUAGACUGGCAGCCUCAGGCGAUAUCGGCGGUUCUGACUCAGCACGGCAAGGACGGAAGGGAGCACGUCAUUGAGUAUGCGUCCAAGACGCUAAGCCAGGCGCAGGCUAAUUACGAAGCGUGCAAAGGUGAAUGCCUGGCGGUGGUGUGGGGGAUUCAGCAUUUCCGACCGUAUCUGUACCGCCAGAAAUUUGUGCUGGAGCAUGAACUGCUCGAGCACUUCCAGCCGCCCAUCUCGGACGCUCUUCUUUGGAACCGGUUCAACGACGAUCGGCAGCUGCGCUUCGACAUUCAGCAGGUGAACGUGCCGGCACCCAGCGUUGCCGACUUGGCGGUGUACUCGCUCCUCGCGCAGCGGGUGACGUACGCGGGUGUCUAUAUGGACAUAUCGCCCAUGCCUGGCCAAGAAUCCACGCGAGUGUUCAUCGAGUUCCGAGCCAUCCAGGUGGCAACAGACUUUGUGCACAGCGUCGCUACUCUCACUGGGGAUUUGACCGUCUUGCCCGGGCACGAUCGGGAGCCGGCGUAUAGAUUCUUGCGCGAUUACGCCCUUCAGGUGGCGAGAUCGGUGGCGCGAGUGCAGGCUCGGGGCACUCAUCGCUUCACUGCAUACGAAGGACUUCUGCGGCGGACUCUGGAGGGAGCACUUGCAUUGGUGCCGCAGCUUCCCGCGCUCCUUCCUCCCGCCGAGCCCCUUAACAUCCAACUCCCCUAUCCUAUGCGCAACUUUCCCGAGUACCUAGUGGAGCUGACGGACGUGGAGCAGUUGCCGCCCGCCAACGAGGACGCGUGGGAGCUGCAUCGAGCGCUGUAUUCAUCGGUGGUGCUGGGCAUGUUCACAUUCUUCGUGGAGCACGAAGUUCAUAACGUUGGCGAAUUCCUCCACGUGUACUACGUGAUCGCCAAGCCGAAGCCGGAGCGGAAGGAGGGAACAGUGGCGCUUUAUCCUUUUGGGAGGAUCGGAACGAAUCGCCCGGGGCUCUUACAGCUCAUUCACAUCGAGCUGCUGUCCAUUGCGCAGGUAAUCGCCGCGGAAGAAGAAGACUUGCAGCUCAGACUACGGACCGCCUCAGCUCCGUGCAGAUUGUAUAACGCGGCGGUGAUACCUGACUAUCUGGCGCGUGAAGGGGAGUCCGUGGUGGACUUCCGACACGAAGAUAAGCCGUUGCGGCCUCCAUCAUUGUAUCCAAAGUCGGCGGCCUUGAAGGCACCAAGAAAGAGAACCGUCUCGAAGCAGCAACGAGGUCCAUCGCUUGAAGCUCAGGCCAGUCGAGUGGGGCCUGUCGAUAAGGUCGUCCAGCCUGCGCCGGUGCGCGAAGUCGAUCCGGUUCGCGAGAGAAGAGCCACACUCAUCAUCGGGCCCCGACCGGGGGAGGACCGCCCCGCCGAAGGGCCGUGGAGAUCCACAUGCCAUCCGGAGUCGACACCUCAGCGGCCCCGCCUCCCCGAUCUCAACAGCCAUGCAGCCGGGCCAUCAAGCGUCGGGGGGGGAUUGCGACGAGUUCCAUAUCCCGCAUCCAGACACCCCCUCCUUGCAGGACCGUUCCGAUUUCGCCAGCCUGCCCGGGAUACCUCGGUCAUUGACGUGGAUCACAUGGUGGAACUGGCCACCCUCCAGCUUGAGGCCAUCGAGGGGGCGCCACGUCCCCAUCCGGCAUGGAUGUAUAGUGGUGGGCACACUCAUCUACGAGACCGGCGGGCGGCCCAAUAUUAUGUACCAUAUCCUGGUCUUCGCGGCGGUUAAGCGGGAGCGGAGGCCGUACACGGAGACCCAUCUAGUGCUAACGGGUCCGCGAAAUCGGUCGCUGCGACGACGA